CUUACGUCACGCUACGUUACCGUAUAUUGUUUUAACAACGCUUUAUAUCGUACAAGUUAUGGAUUAAAUUCAUCAUGACACAUUUUUUAAAAGUUUGUUGGGAAAAGAAAAAGAAACGAAAUGGGAAAAACUACAGAUCUAUUCCAAACUUGCCAAACACAGACGAUGAUGAAGAGCCUGCACCAGCAGCGUGUGAAUGUCAAGGACACAUUUUCCACGAAACAGAUCGUUACCAGACCAUUGAUGGAGAUGUGUCAUCGUUCGAGAUAAAGCCUGACAUACACAGUUCAACUCUGUUGCCUCACAGACAGGAAACAACUAACUCAGAUGAUGAACUGCAUUCUACCCCAAAUGAAAACGUGGCACCAACUGAGCAGGUGAAGGUCACAGAGUCUGUGGAGGAAGUUAAGUCUUCAUUACCUGAACAACCUGAGGAAGUGAAAGCAAUACCCAAGAAUCCUUAUAAGAGAAUAUUCCUUUUACACAGCCCUAUCACAGCAGAGAAUGAACCAGUACAAGAGAGACCACCUCCAGAAUGUGAGCGAGGUUUCAUCAAACAGAUGGACAGCCUUCAAGAUCUCCAUGACGCUUACGAUGCAUUCUUGAGUGGCAAAGACGAGGUGAAGGUCACAGAGUCUGUGGAGGAAGUUAUGCCUCCAUUACCUGAACAACCUGAGGAAGUGAAAACAACACCCAAGAAUCCUUAUAAGAGAAUAUUUCUAUUACACAGCCCUAUCACAGCGGAGAAUAAACCAGUACAAGAGAGACCACCUCCAGAAAGCGAGCGAGGUUUCAUCAAACCGACGGACAGCCUUCAAGAUCUCCAUGACGUUUACAGUGGGUUUUUGAGUGGCAAAGAUGAGGUGAAGGUCACAGAGUCUGUGGAGGAAGUUAAGCCUCCAUUACCUGAACAACCUGAGGAAGUGAAAACAACACCCAAGAAUCCUUAUAAGAGAAUAUUUCUAUUACACAGCCCUAUCACAGUGAAGAAUGAACCAACACAAGAAAGACCACCUCCAGAAUGCGAGCGAGGUUUCAUCAAACAGAUGAAUGGCCUUCAAGAUCUCCAUAACACUUAUGAUGCAUUCUUGAGUGGCAAAGACGAGGUGAUCAACAAUGAGACAGAGCCAGAGAAGCCGCUGGAACAAGAAAGACCACCUGUAGAAUGUUUGAAGAGUUUGAUCAAGCAGGCGAACCAACUCAAUGAGGCAUUUAAUGCAUUUUUCAAAACCAUCUACAACAAGGAUCACAGAACAAUAUCAUUCAGAGAAAAUUACGACGAUUUGAAUGAUAAAAAAAAAAAGUGGCUUGAUAGCGUCAUUCAAGAACGCAUUGCUCUGGAGAAAUUCUGCCACACUCUAGUUCCUUCCGCCUCUCUGCUGUCAGAAAAGCUGACAUUUGAAACACAGAGAAGACUUGAGAUAGAAGACUGGCUGAACGAGAGACUUCUUCACAAAACACCGGCCACAAGGUGAACAGUGUGGUGUGAAGAUAAAUCCUAUAUUGUUUCCAGCAAGCUGUUCAAGGAACACUCAUUACCUAUGUUGUGUAUCAUUACCUGUGUAUAUUGUAUCAUUACCUUUGUAGUGUAUCAUUGUCAUAAUCUGUGUAGUGUAUCAUUACCUAUGUAGUGUAUCAUUACCUGUGUAUAUUGUAUCAUUACCUAUGUUGUGUAUCAUUACCUGUGUAUAUUGUAUCAUUACCUAUGUUGUGUAUCAUUACCUGUGUAUAUUGUAUCAUUACCUAUGUUGUGUAUCAUUACCUGUGUAUAUUGUAUCAUUACCUAUGUUGUGUAUCAUUGUCAUAAUCUGUGUAGUGUAUCAUUACCUGUGUAUAUUGUAUCAUUACCUAUGUAGUGUAUCAUUACCUGUGUAUUGUUAUCAUAAUCUAUGUAGUAUAUCAUUACUUAUAUAUAGUGUAUCAUUACCUAUUUGGUGUAUCAUUUACCUAUUUAGUGUAUCAUUACCUAUUAUAUGUAUAGUGUAUCAUUUACCUAUGCAGUGUAUUUUUACAUAUACAGUGUAUCAUUACCUAUGCUGUGUAUCAUUACCUAUGUAGGGUACAAUUACCUAUGCAGUGUACAAUUACCUAUGUAGUGUAUCGUUAUCUAUGUAGUGUACAAUUACCUAUGUAGUGUAUCGUUAUCUAUUUGUGUAUCGUUACCUAUGUAGUGUAUUGUUACAUAUGUAGGGUAUCAUUACCUGUGUAUUGAACCAAUACCUAUGUAGUGUAUCGUUACCUAUGUAGUGUAUCGUUACCUAUGUAGGUAUCAUUACCUGUGUAUUGAACCAAUACCUAUGUAGUGUAUCGUUACUUGUGUAGUGUAUCAUUACCUAUGUUGUGUAUCAUUACCUAUGUUGUGUAUCAUUCCCUAUAUGAUGUAUCAUUACCUAUGUAGUGUAUCAUAACCUAUGCGGUGUAUCAUUACCUAUGUUGUGUAUCGUUACCUAUGUUGUGUAUCAUUACUUAUGUAGUGUAUCGUUAUCUAUGUAGUGUAUCAUUACCCAUGUAGUGUAUUGUUACCUAAGUUGUGUAUCAUUACUUAUGUAGUGUAUCGUUAUCUAUGUAGUGUAUCAUUACCUAUGUAGUGUAUUGUUACCUAAGUUGUGUAUCAUUACUUAUGUAGUGUAUCGUUAUCUAUUUAGUGUAUCAUUACCUAUGUAGUGUAUUGUUACCUAAAUUGUGUAUUGUUACUUGUGUGGUGUAUCAUUACCUAUGUAGUGUAUCAUUACCUAUGUAGUGUAUCAUUACUUAUAUGGUGCAUCAUUAUCUAUGUAGUGUAUCAUUACCUAUGUAGUGUAUCAUACCUAUGUAGUGUAUCAUUAUCUAUGUGGUUUAUCUUUACUCAGAGGUUCUAGAAUAUGGUGGACUGAUACCCGAGGUCAGUGGUUUUUGGAACUGGGCCAGUAAAAGUUACUCUGUGUGAUCCCAAUAGCAAGUGGUCAAAAUAUAUAUAUAUCUACGCCAGUACGAUCCUACGAAAACAAAAGAAACAUCUACAAGUCAUUUCUUUCGAUCUGCUGUCACAUGCAAUAUUUCACUAACAAAUAGUUUGCCACCAGUAAUCUUUGACAUACCGAUAUAACUUUAUUCAAGUUAUGAAGUGUAAUCGUUGAAAAUACAAAAGUUUAUUGUUUGCUGCCAUUAUCUUUUUUACACUGGAACCCAGUUUUGUUGCUCCAAUACUAAUAGUAAUACAGUGCAAACAUAAUAUGCAAAAUGGUAACCAGUCUUUUAUUAGUUUUAGUUUGCAUAACUUUAAAUGUGUAAAUUAUUAAUUUAAGUUAUAAAAUUGCAAAAAAUAAUUAAGUACACAAUAUCAUAAAAUAGAUAAUAAAUUUAACAAAGUACCUACCAUACAUUGAAAAAUUACUAAAUUGUGUGUGUGUGUGUGUAAGCCAUAAACUGUAAUGCAUAUACACUUUAUGCUAAUAAAAGGUUCUUGUUUC